UGCAGACGGACGACACCUUUCCCGGCUACACCACUCUGAGCUCCAGACACCAUGAAUCCUCCCUCUACAAAGGUCUCCUGGGCCACCAUGACGCUGCUGCUCCUGCUGCUGUUGCUGCCGCCUGCACUGCUGUCGCCCGGGGCGGCCGCGCAGCCUCUGCCCGACUGCUGCCGUCAGAAGACGUGCUCCUGCCGCCUCUACGAGCUACUGCACGGCGCGGGCAAUCACGCGGCCGGCAUCCUCACGCUGGGCAAGCGGCGGCCGGGGCCCCCGGGCCUCCAGGACCGGUUGCAGCGCCUCCUGCAGGCCAGUGGCAACCACGCGGCCGGCAUCCUGACCAUGGGCCGCCGCGCAGGCGCAGAGUCAGCGCCGCGCCCCUGCCCCGGGCGCCGGUGUCCCGCUGAGGCCACCUCGUCUGUCGCGCCCGGAGAACGGUCCGGGGUCUGA